AUUGCCCAAGAUUCUUUCAAAUGCUCCCAUCACCCUAUUCAUCUCUCUCUCUCUUUCCUCCAAUUCUUUAAUGGAAAAGCCAGGCAUUCUCGUCUCUAUAUAUAGCUCUCACAUUCAUCAUCUUUUCACUACUACUCUUUGCUCAUUGAUCUCUAGCUAUUCAUUUCUUCUUUCCAAUAUAUUCUGUGUUUCGAAGUUUCCCCUUGCAAUAUUUCUUUUUGCUUCCCAAAUGGCCAGUGUUGAGGUUCAGCCAGCUGCAGCACCAUUGCCAGAGAAGGAGACAGCAGAGGUGAGCAAGGUUGAGGAGACACCCAAAGAGGAGGCAGCAGCUGCAGUACCUGUGGCUGAGUCAGUAAGCGCCGAAGCAGCAGCUGCGGAAACAACAUCCGAUGCCCCUGCUGCAGAGGAAACCGAAGCUCCCAACGCUGAAGCUCCGGUGGCUGAAGCUGAUACCAAAGAAGUUGUAGAAGAAGCCAAGGUUGAGGAAUUAGAGAAGCCAGCCGCAGAGGAGAGAAAGGAAGAGACCACGGAGGUGAAGACAGAAGCAGUUGCGGAGGAGGCCAAGGUGGAGGAGACCCCAGAGCCCACCGCGCAAGCACCUGCAGUAGAGGAGGAGAAACCAGCUAAGGAAGAGAAGGCAGCUGAAAAGGAAGAGGAAGCCAGCACCGAAGUUCCUGUUGGGAAGGCUGAGGAAUAGAGCUACUGUACGGAGAGAAGGUGGCAUAGUUUUAAGGCUGAGGGGCUUCUUUAUUAGGUUUGCAUGUUUACUAGAGCUAUGGAGGAUGUGGAUGAGGAGUUUAUUUCUUUCUUUCCUUUGGGGUUUGAUAUAAAAAACUUGGGGCCAUAGCAGGUGGAUCGAUCUAUGGGUUUUACAUUUGGGAGGAAGUUGCCUUGAAGGGUAUGGAAUAUGUCUUUGUUUGGGUUGCAAGAAAAGAGUCAAGAUGAGUCUGGUAUUGGGUGUGAUGAGAUGUGAUCUCUAUAUUUGCAUAAUAAAAAUAUUAUAUUUAUAUUUUCGUUUGA